AUGGUGAGAGCUCCUUGUUGUGAAAUGAUGGGAUUGAAGAAGGGACCUUGGACUCCUGAAGAAGAUCAAAUCUUGGUGUCUUACAUUCAAAGUUACGGGCAUGGCAAUUGGCGAGCACUCCCAAAACAAGCUGGUUUGUUGAGGUGCGGUAAGAGUUGUAGGCUUCGAUGGAUAAAUUACUUACGACCAGACAUUAAACGAGGAAACUUCAGCAAUGAAGAAGAAGAAACUAUCCUUAGGCUACAUCAAAUUCUUGGAAACAGAUGGUCUGCUAUCGCAGCAAGAUUACCAGGAAGAACAGACAAUGAGAUCAAGAAUUAUUGGCACAGCCAUCUAAAAAAGAGAUUUCUACAAAAUUUGGACAACCCAAAUGAACAUUGCACAAGAACUCCGGAAAGGGCAAUGAUCAAUAAUACUAGUUCAUCACAGCCUGAGAAUUUCAGAGCCCAUCAAAGUAGAUGUCAAAGUCCCGGUAAUAAACGAAUCUUCCAGCAAGAUUCGCCGCAAGAAAUAUUGAGUUCUAUGGAAAAAGUGGAAGCCAUGAAUUGUUUCAAUAGCAAAAAUGAUAUGGAGGAAUUUUGGUAUGACCUCCUCGUGAAAGCAGGAAACUCGAGAGAGGUGUUCGAAAAUUUGAGACAAUUCGGAUAG